AAUUUGACAACAUUAGUUUUCGUCUAUUUCUUACAAGUAGUGCCGACGAUCAGGAGAUUAUUCUUGACUUGGCCCAUAUUUUUAAUAUAGCCAAUUUGAAAAUGUAAAAAAAUGUACAAAUCAAAAUUAGGAGAUUUAGAAAUACGAAGAAGGCCCUGCUUAUUAGUUAUUAUUCUGGUGCUGCCAUGCAUUGUUGGCCAGUUUCACGAAAAAUAUUCAAAGGAUUUUGGCAUCGGCCAUGUUAAUACUUCCCGACCCCCCAGCCCCCCCAUUUUCAAUAUAUGAAGUCGAUAGCUUCAAAUUUCGGACACUUAUCGUGUUUCAUAGCAAGGUCCAAAAGUAGUGGAAAAUCUCGAAAAAAAGAUGGAAACCAACUAUACUGCGCGCAUGACGACACCAUGAUCUUAUCUGGCCACUCGAGAUACCUUCAAACAAAAUCGUCACUAGUGAACGACAUUACGAACAUGUGGUUACAUUGGUUCACGGUCGCUUUGCUAUGUUUCUACAAUUCGUGCCAGGCGGCCGAUAUUUUGGCCGUGGCUCCUCAGCCGCAGCUGAGCCACCAGAUAGCCUUAAGGCCCCUUUGGAUUGAACUGGCUAAGCGAGGACACAAUAUCACUUUGAUCACGACUCAUCCCGCAAGGAACUCGACGCUGAAGAACUUGAGAGAGAUAGAUAUCGGCUACUGCAUCGAUAUUAGAGAGAGAUACAACAUCACGAGGAUGGCCUGCGAUGAGGCCGUGAGUUCCGUUACCGUAGCAACGGCGAUUACCAACGCCAACUUCGAGUGUAUGGAGGCUCAGCUCUCGAGUGCGGAGGGUCAAAAUUUGCUUAACAACCAAGACAACCAUUUCGAUUUGCUCAUAACGGAAGCGCAAUUGGCCACGACUAUAGCGUUCAGUUGGAAAUUUCAAGUUCCUUAUAUCGGAAUAACUUCUUUGGACGCUUCACUUCCCUUCCAUAUAGCGGCCGGAAAUUCCAUCCAUCCGAUAGCCGUGCCCGAUCACAACCUCCGAGUCCAAGAUCCCGCCCAUCUAAGCUUUUCCGAGAGGUUUUCCAGCGCAUUUUACAACUACGCCUACCGGCUGCUGCUGAGGUUCCAAUUUUAUCCCGAAGCGCACUCGAGGAUGAAGAAAUUUUUCGGCGAAGAUCUGCCGCCAUAUACUGAGCUACAGAAAAACAUGAGCAUGCUAUUCGUUACCACUAACCCCCUGUUUCAUUCGGUGAGGGCGUUGAUGCCCAACACUAUUACGUUCUGGAACGGUCUUCAGAUAUCCGAGGAGAAACCACUGCCAAAGGAACUCGCCGAGUUCUUAGACGAUGCGAAGCAUGGGGCGAUAUUCUUCAGUUUCGGAAGUAUCAUCCCGGCCGAUCUGGUAGACGACAAGACGAAGUUGGAGAUUAUGGAAACCUUUGCCAAACUUCCGUACAAAGUUUUGUGGAGGAUCAAGCACGAGUUUACGAAGAUCCCGCCGAACGUCAGGGUCGAAACCGGCUGGGUACCGCAGCAGGAUAUUCUGAGGCACCCAAAUUUGAAGCUGUUCAUAAACCACGGAGGAUUGCAAUCGCUUCAAGAAGCGGUGGUACACGGGGUACCGUCGAUAAGUGUGCCGUUCUUCGGCGAUCAUUUCAUGAACGCCCGCAGGAUGAACCUGCUUGGUUACGGUAUAGAGAUCGCGAGAAGCGCCCUCAACGAAAAAACCCUGACGGAAGCGGUGACUAAAAUAAUGACCGAAUCGAAGUACCGCGACAAGGCAAAGGAAGUCGGGGAGAUAUUUAAAGACUUGGAUUUUCCUUCUUUGGAAAAGGCCGUCUGGUGGACCGAGUACGUAAUCAGGAACAAAGGGGCGUGGCACCUUCAAAACCCCGCGCUACGCAUACCCCUCUGGCAGUAUUACCUCUUGGAUGUCAUCGGGAUCGUUUCGUUGGUCGUGUUUGCCUUCUUCUACUCGUUGGUUAAAAUGUGGAGGCUUAUGUUGAGGCUAGUCCUGCGAAAGCGCAGGAAGGCAAAAACCGAAUAAUGUUGCUGUUUUACAAUUCGUAUGUAUUUGUA